CAUACGCCUUCGGGAAACCGGCUAAGUAUUUAUCCUAUCAGCGGAUACUUCGGGAUUUUAGCCGCUAUUAAGGCUACUAAGUCUAAGGGUACCACUUCGAAAAGAAAAUUAAUACAGCAAAAACAAUACCAGCGUAAAGCAAGUCUAAUAAGAAAGGCAUACGAAUAUAGUAGGAUAUACAGCGCAGAUAUAUACAUAGGAAUUCGUAUCCGAGAGACGGGCUAG